UCAUUUCCAUCAAUGGUAGGUUAGUGAGAUAGCAAUGGCAGGUUGAAGAUGGGAAGAGAGAGGGAUAUAUAAAUCUUCAGUUUCACUGUAUUUUCUCAUUGUAAAAAAUGGGUUCUAGUUCGUUUCUCAACUGAACACUCAAAUUCUUUCCUUUUCGUGUUAGUUCUAAUUCAGUUGCAGUGGAGAUCGAAGAACACCCAACUUCACAUUCAACUCCUUUUUCCAUUUAGACACUCAAAACCCUCAUGUUUGAAGCGUUUUAUUUGUGGGCAAUCCGAUUCUUGAGGUGAAAUGAAGAAAUUGAGGAGUUAUUAUAUGCAUUUCAGACACCCACCGAACAUGGAGCGGCGAUGGAUCUUCCUCUUGGCAAUAGGCUCCAUGGUAUCUCUGUUCCUUCUGUUUCUUUCAUUGAUGACCUCGCCGGGAGGAACCUCUCUGUUUCCGUUUUACAAAUCGCUGGCUGUUUCUAGUUCGUUCUUUGUUGAAUCGAAGCUUCAUCCGGUUCCAGUUUCAUCGCUCCCUCCGCCGCCGCGAUUCGCGUACCUAAUUUCGGGUUCAAUCGGAGAGGGCAACAUGUUGAAACGGACGCUUGAAGCUUUGUAUCAUCCGAUUAAUCGGUAUGUUUUGCAUUUGGACCUCGAAUCGCCGCCGGAGGAGCGGCUGGAUCUGCAAAAUUAUGUCCAGAAUCAUUCCAUUUUUAACAAAUUUGGGAAUGUUAAGGUCAUCACUAAGGCUAAUCUUGUUACCUAUCGAGGUCCGACUAUGGUGGCCACUACAUUGCACGCCGCCGCGAUUUUGCUCCGAGAAGGUGGCGAUUGGGAUUGGUUUAUUAACCUCAGUGCUUCAGAUUAUCCUCUUGUUACACAAGAUGAUCUACUGCAUACUUUUUCUUACUUGUCUCGUGAUCUCAAUUUCAUAGAUCAUACAAGCAACAUUGGAUGGAAAGAGAGUCAGAGGGCUAAACCAGUGAUUAUUGAUCCAGGGUUGUAUAUGUCGAAGAAGGCUGAUGUGUUUUGGAUUACACAGCGGAGAAGUGUGCCAACAGCCUUUAAACUCUUUACUGGUUCGGCUUGGAUGGCGCUUUCUCGGCCCUUUAUCGACUACUGCAUAUGGGGUUGGGAAAACCUACCUCGGAUCGUCCUAAUGUAUUAUGCAAACUUCAUAUCUUCUCCAGAAGGGUACUUCCACACCGUCGUCUGCAACGCUCAACAGUUCCAAAACACUACAGUGAACAGCGACCUCCAUUUCAUAUCAUGGGACAAUCCUCCCAAACAACAUCCUCACCAUCUCAAUAUCAAUGACAUGCAAAGAAUGGUAGAUAGCAAUGCUCCAUUUGCUAGAAAGAUCGAAGGAGAAGAUCCCGUUCUCGAUGAAAUCGACAAGAAACUUCUACACAAACGCCCCAACAUGGUAGUUUCCGGUGGUUGGUGCAUUGGAAGCCACAAAAAUGGGACCGAUCCAUGCUCAAUCACCGGCAAUACUAAUGUAUUGAAACCAGGUCCUGGAGCAAAACGACUUGAAACUCUGAUCAGCUCUCUAUUAUCCGAAGAGAACUUUCGACCUCGACAAUGCAAAUAAAGGAGAUACAUCAUCAUCAUCAUCAUCAUCAUCAUCAUCACCAUCAUCGACAACAUACUAAAAAUCCCAAAUGGUAAAACUCAGAUCAUGGAGAAUCGGGAGAAUCAUCAUAUAUUUUGGUGUUUGGGAAGGAAAUGGCUGAAAGUGUACACAACAACAAUUCUCUUAGCUUUUUGUUUUCUUACAAAGCUUCUUGACAGGUUCUUUUUUCCUCAAUCCCUCUGCUGCUGCCGCCGCCGCCGCCGCUGCUGUGGCAACACUUCUGUUUUUGUUCCACUGAUACCUUUCCUUUGUAAUACCCAAAUGGAUGGAAGAAUUUGGGUGUGACUGACUCUUAGUUCAUGAAAUUUCUGCAUACUGUUAGUAUCAAAAUUCUGUCAGAAUCUUUGAAACCUCUAAAUUUAGUGUUCUUGUGCUCUUAGAAGUUUGAUAUCA